UCUUCUCUCUCUCUCUCUCUCUCUCUCUCCGUCGGAACGGUUCCGACGCCAUGAACGCCGUCGCCACCGCCGCCGCUCUGUCGCUGCCGAUCUCCCUCUGCAAACCAUCGAAGCUCAACGUCAGAAAGGGGGUCAGAGGGAGAUUUAGGGUUGUUGCUGUAUUUGGAGAGGAAGGGGAACUGGUGGACAAGAAGAGUCUGUGGGGUCCUCUCUUUGAUGUGGAGGAUCCACGGUCUAGAGCCCCACAGUUGAAGGGGAAGUUUUUGGAUGUAAAUCAGGCUCUGGAAGUUGCUAGAUAUGACAUUCAAUAUUUGGAUUGGAGAGCUAGACAAGAUCUACUCAUGAUUAUGCUCCUUCAUGAAAAGGUCGUGGAGGUUCUGAAUCCUCUAGCUCGUGAAUACAAAUCCAUUGGUACCCUGAAGAAGGACCUGGCGGGGUUGCAAGAAGAGUUAGAACAAGCUCACAGACAGGUUCAUAUCUCCGAAGCAAGGGUUGCCACUGCCUUGGAUAAGCUAGCGUACAUGGAGACAUUGGUUAACGACCGGUUAUUGCAAGACAGAAACACAACUGAGACCCCUGAAACAGCUUCUCCCCCUAGUACUUCUGCUCAAUCUCUCGUAGCUGCGAAAAGGAAAGCGCCUCGGAAAAGUUUAAAGGUGUCAGGUCCAGUUCAACCUUACCAUCCUCGCCUGAAGAACUUCUGGUACCCUGUUGCUUUCUCAGCUGACCUAAAGGAUGACACAAUGAUGCCAAUCGAUUGCUUCGAGGAACUUUGGGUUCUUUUCCGUGGCAAGGAUGGAAAACCUGGAUGUGUCCAGAAUACUUGCGCACAUAGAGCAUGCCCUCUUCACCUCGGUUCCAUUAAUGAGGGUCGUAUCCAAUGUCCAUACCACGGAUGGGAGUAUACAACUGAUGGGAAAUGCGAAAAAAUGCCAUCAACACGACUGCUUGAUGUUAGAAUUCGAUCUUUACCUUGUUUUGAACAAGAAGGCAUGAUCUGGAUUUGGCCUGGUGAUGAUGCUCCAGACACAAUCCUUCCUUCAUUGUUGCCUCCUUCUGGAUUUGUGGUCCAUGCCGAGAUAGUAAUGGAACUUCCUGUGGAACAUGGGCUGCUUCUGGACAACCUUUUGGAUCUUGCACAUGCUCCCUUUACUCACACUUCCACCUUUGCAAAGGGAUGGAGUGUUCCCAGCUUGGUGAAAUUUCUCACGCCUGCAUCCGGCCUCCAAGGUUACUGGGAUCCCUAUCCAAUUGAUAUGGAAUUUCGACCACCUUGUAUGGUUUUGUCGACCAUUGGGAUAUCUAAGCCUGGAAAACUGGAAGGGCAGAGUACCCAGCAGUGCGCAACACAUCUCCACCAGCUUCAUGUAUGUUUACCUUCAACAACAAAUAAGACGAGGCUAUUGUACAGAAUGUCGCUGGAUUUUGCUCCCCUGCUGAAGCAAGUUCCCUUUAUGCAAUACCUAUGGAGGCACUUUGCAGAACAGGUCUUGAAUGAGGAUUUGCGGCUAGUGCUCGGCCAGCAAGAGCGAAUGAUCAAUGGUGCGAAUGUAUGGAAUUGGCCCGUAUCCUACGACAAGCUGGGAGUGAGAUACAGACUAUGGAGAGAUGCGGUAGAACGAGGGGCCAAGCAAUUACCAUUCAGCAAAUCGGGGUAAUCUACAUCUCAUGCCCGACGGAGUUCCAUCAGUUCUUGAUGAUCCGCACGCCGCAUUCGAUUGCUGACUCCUCGUGCACAGCUUAAGCUCUAAUGAAAGCCUUCUGGCCGAUGCCAUUGUUAUUCAGUUUGAUUCGUCCUCCUCGGCCCUAUCUAAAGGGCAGUCGGAUGUACCUUGCGGGAACUGUGAAUUGGACUGAGGCAAACGAAAUGGAUUCUUUACAGGAACGGCCCUGGGUAAUACUGUGCACUCAGUUUUUACC